GAAGAGAGAGUGAGUGAGAAGCAUUGCCAAGCGCACACGGUAUGAACGUCCAGUGGCAUGUUUCAAACACUCAACAUGCUUGUAGUUGGCGCGAGGUUGUAGUAUCGUACGAAACGAAAGAGUAGUUUGCGCGUAUUCUUGCCACUUGAAACAACGGACUUGACAGAGUGUAGAAUCUUCGCCGAGGCCAUGUUCAAUUCGAUCCAUGAACGGAGCAAAAGUGUCUUGCGGUAACCGUAACAGUGUUCCUGGCAGUUUCGUUCCGUGUAAGUAAAAAGACGGAAUGAAAUAAAACGCGUGGGGGAGAAACGCGAGGCGAAUUCUGACAUUCCUCGAAGGGAACGUCGCGUUGAUUCCGCGCUGUCUUUCGCGGACGACGAGCACGAAGUUUAGUGAGAGAAAGAAAAGGGAGCACACGGUGAAAUGUACUCGAUAGUACCGGCAUUAGCGUGCACUUCUUAAAGCGGGUCGCAGACGCAGAUGCUGCCCCGUCUCUGCUCCGAGAAACUCGUCGUCGUUCCUGCUGCUCCAAAAUGAGAACGACGUGGUUGUUACGCGUUUGAACAAUUCGCCAAUUUUCUUCGGAAAUUUCAUCAAUGAAACGUGCAUCUGAACGACGUUAGCCGGAGAAGUGUUCUCUGUUCGAUUACCGGCCCGAUUUCCCGAAUAUUUUUUUAAGUGUUCCUGCUUUUCCCGAUGGUGUAAAACAAAUGAUAAAAUCGUGUAAGAACAGUAAGUAGGAAUUAAAGGAUGGUGUAAAAAGAACAUCGCACGUGAUACGUGGUAAAACCAAGGGCCUGAUAAACAAAAGGAUAAGAGUGCAAAUAAAAGUGAACGACAGAGUGAGACGGCAAAGGAAGGGUGAAAGUGGUUUUUCAUAUUUUUUCUCUGCCAAAUUCGGUUUACGGUUGGUGAUGUGAAGAAAGCAAAUCUAAAGGCUGUGUGCUAUCUGGUAUAUUUCAUUCGUCGAUAUAUUGCAAAGUGACGAGUGCGGGAUUAAAAGAAAUAUAAGUGUUACGAUAAUGUAACGGGCAUUUAUACUGGCGAUCUUGUACAAAUGUAGGACCACAGUACCGUCUCAAGGCAAGAUACCAACAGUGGACUUUUCUUCGACGGCCAGCUAUGUUAACGGUGGAAUUCCGCUCGAGAGGAAUCUGAAGGCGGGGACUCUGACGUCACUCCGCUCAUGAUAAUGAGGUAUUCAUGAUGGCGGAGUAGCGCGCGAGGGAGAAAGAGAGAGCGAGAACGUCGUGUAUGUGGCACGGGGAGUGUGUGCUCGCGCGCACAGAUAUGUGCCUGUCGACUGGUCGGUGAUAGAGAGUUUUGGAUGGAUUUAGAGCGCAGUGAAAUAUGCCAAGGAGACGGAAUGGGGAGAUACCGCUUCCGGAAGGGUGGGACGUCGCGCAAGACUUUGAUGGAAAAGUGUAUUUCAUCGAUCACAACACAAGAAAAACAACGUGGAUCGAUCCUAGAGACAGAUUUACAAAACCACAAACAUUCGCAGACUGUAUUGGGAACGAGCUUCCACUUGGAUGGGAAGAAGCUUACGACAAGCAUGUGGGCGCAUACUACAUUAACCACGUUAAUCAAACCACGCAACUGGAGGAUCCAAGGCAAGAAUGGCGAGCCAUUCAGGAGGCCAUGCUUCGAGAAUACCUUCAGACCGCACAGGACGUACUCGAGGCGAAAAAGGAGAUCUACGAUGUGAAGCAACAGAGGUUAUGUCUGGCCCAGGAUGAGUACAAUCACCUCAACAACGCUUUAACGACGCUCGGUGCUUCGCGUACAAGUUUGUGCUCCAGUUCAAGUUCAUUGAGUACCAAGUACGAUCCGGAUCUUUUGAAAUCCGAUGUCGCGCUCGCGAGGAGUCGAGUUUCCCGGCUGAAACGAGAGCUCGAACAGAUCCGCGCUGAAAUGAACUGUACACAACGAGGAGUGGACACUCUUGCAAGCGUCGAACAGAAAUUGAGCGGACAUCAUGGCGGUUGUUACAACAUCACCGAGGCCCAGGCAAUCAUGACGGAGCUUCGAAACAUUCAGAAAUCGCUGAGUUCGGGCGAAAAGGAGAAAGCCGAGUUGAUGCAGUCUCUGGCUCAAUUGAAGGACGAAUUGACGAGACUACAGCUCUGCGAAGGUAGUCCCGAGGCCAGCACUCUUAGCUUACCUCAGGAGAAGCUUAGUACAGCGUCUCAGACUGAUCUCUCCGGCGAAUUGGUCCCGAUCGGUACUCGCCUGGCCGAGAUGGCACGGAUGAGGUUGCAGUACGACGAAGCAAGGAAAAGGAUACAGCAUAUACAACAACAAUUGGCGGACCUCGAGGAAAAAGUAACUCCUGGUCAGACAGAAAGCGAUAAGGACAAGUUGUUGCUGUUCCAAGAGAAAGAACAGUUGCUUCGAGAGUUAAGGAGUAUCACUCCGCGUACGAGAACGCAACAAGAUAUGAAGAAGAUCCAGAGUGAGAUCCGUCGCCUCGAGCAGGAUCUAAACAACGCGCUUGAAUUGUCGAACAAGACGAUUACGGAUCGCGUGCGACUGCACGAAGAGAAGCAACUGCUGUUGCAACAGUUGAGGGACGCUUUACGCUCGAUGGCGAUGCUCGAGGGUCAAUUGAAGACUCUCAGUGCGAGCACGCUCUCGGUGAGCAGCAGUUCCAGUCUUGGAAGCCUUAGCACGACCAGUAGCAAGGGUUCGCUUAGCUCUGGAUUGAGCUUUACUGAUAUUUACGGCGGUCCUCAGUGUCUGGGUCCUGUCAGCUCUCAACAGGAGCGACCAGUCGACAUGGUUGAUCUACAUAGACGCGUAGAAAGAUUGCUCAGAGGAUCGGAGCAGAAUAAUCUCGUUAGUACGCCUUCUCCUGGUCGAUCGCAGCCAAGUUUGUCGCCAAGAUCGAGUCUCUCCAGCGUCAGUCCACCGGUCUCGCCGCUUUAUGAGAAUGCCCCGAUGGGCCCACCACCUGCGUAUGAACACGUAGAGAUGCAGAGAAGGCAACAUCAGAGACCUACAACCUCGUCGAAUGCUCACUUAGAUGGAAAUCAGCUGGAGGACCGUUUGGCGGAGCUUAGGCUUACUCAGCAGCAAACGUCGUCCCACGAACAAUCCUGUGUUGCGCCUCAGGAUCGUCUUAAGUUGGUCGGUGGCCCACAUCCACCCGUCGAAUUGCAAUCUGGAAAUAUGUCCCAAGGAAGCGGCCUUGGCAGGCCUGUAUGCGUUAUGCAGCAUCAAAUGUCUCCGCAGGAACCACCGCCUCUUUCGCCUAUAAGUGAGACACCUCCUCCUACUGGUAUUCGUUCGAGAGCUAGCAGUUCUGGUACGAACACCAGGUCCGUCUCGGCAGCUGUUUCCGACGAAAGUGUCGCGGGUGAUUCGGGAGUAUUCGAGGCUUCUAAUCGAAGGAAACUGCCCGGAGCGAUUGGCGAUGUCAAUUCAUUGGCGCUUGGCGAGAUGAGCCUGGAGACGGCACAGGUGCAAAUUAAGCUUAGAUAUUCUGUAAGUGACGGUUUGCUCCAUGUUGGAAUCGAACGUGCCAGAAAUUUGGCUGCACUUUUCAUACCUAACAACGCGCAAGUAUACAUAAAGGCUGCAUUGCUUCCGAUGCAACCGCCCGUUAAUCACAUGUGUUGUACGAAACCUGUUGUGGAUCUGCGCAAACCAACCUUCGGCGAAACAUUCCCGAUUGCAGUACCACUCAACAAACUGUACACGAAGACAUUGCAAGUCAACGUUUGGUGUACGGGUAACGAGUCUGAGGAGUGCUUGGGAUCCGCCCAAGUGUCCCUUGCAGACUUUAGUCCAGAAUCGCCAAGCGUGAAAUGGUACAACAUACUUUCCUUUCGCUUCAUGCAACCAUCCGACAGCCCGAGCACUAGCACCAGCAAUAGCAACAGCAUUUCCAUCAGCGUAGCGAGGCAGGCCAAACACGACAAACAAGAAUCAGACUUAUCGGUAUAUCGUGCUGGACAGAAUACGAAAGAAGAAAGCAGUGACGAGAGCACGAUUAUCAGUUCUCAAACGUCGACUCUGACGAGAAAUCAGGGAUGCGAUGAACUGCAAACGGCAAUCUCGUUAAGGCUGGAGGAGCUAGCCAAUUGCUUGGGAAGUCCUGAAGAAGAGGAUGAGAACGAUGGAAGUGAAAGCGGAAGUGAGGACAGUGACGAGGAAGGAAUCAUUGUAGAAUUUACGAUGGAAGAUAAUGUUCUGGAGGAUGUGUUAGAACAUGAGGAGGACGAGGAAUUAAACGAAGAAGCAAGACAAACUCAGGACAAAGAAACUAAUACCGAGUGCGUCUUCAUCCCGGAACAAGGAAAACAGAGGAAACUUUCGGCAGCCGGUGUCGUUUCUAGUGUUAUGCACGAUGAUAAAAAUUCGAUCGUAAUCAAAAGAAGUCAAACGUUUUCACCCAGUGCUGCAGUCAGCAAGAAUCACUAUAUUUGUCGGCUCAAUCGAAGCGAUAGUGAUAGUAGCAUGCCGCUUUAUCGCAGAGGCGGACCAUUUCAACGAAAUUCGGUAGAAAGACGGUCUCUUCGAUGGCGAAGACCUUUGUCCGCUCUCAGUUGUAAAACUGCCUCAAAAAAGUCUACCAAUUUACCACCUACCGCUAGAACCUCACUGGAUCUUGAAUUGGAUCUUCAAGCACAGCAUGCCAGACUGAACAAUCUCCAGGACGAGUUGAGUAGAUUGCGAGAAUUAAAGCAAAGGUUAGAACAAGCGCGAGAAAAGGGAGACACAGACUUUGCGGCAUGGUUGUUAGAGGACCACAAGUUCCAGAACCUGAUGGCACAAGCCGAAAGUGGAAAGAACGGCAAAAGUGCCGAGGAUAAAAGAGUAGAGAAGAUGUUGAAGAAAACUUCGAAAGAAAUCUACAAACUACGGAAAACAAAAGCUGGGAAAGGAAAACCUGAUAUUAUUUCGUUCAAAGAAAAGAUGGCUUUCUUCACGCGCGUUAAUCUCAAUGUUCCUGUACUUCCACCCGAAGAUUCAUUGUGUGAGAAUCCAUCGUCACCAUCACCAUCACUUAUUCAGCACAGGAGACACGCCUCGGAACCAAUUGCCACUGAAUACAUGGUUACUAAGCUUGGUGCUCAAGGUGUUUCAAAUUUGACCAUGCGGUCAAAUAGUGUUCCUAGCGGGAAUGCGUCCGCGGUGAAGACUGACGGUGCCGCGACCAAUAACACGACUACGGUCACGAACGUGAUCGAGGACGUUCCGGCCAACAGUACAAAUAAAUCUGUGAACGCGAAAGGUCGAUCUACCGAGGCGAACGUGCAUUGUCAAGAAAAUGGUCAAGGUAGUGAGAGCCUAAAAUCAACCGAAGAAAACGAUAGCGAAGAGCCAAGGAGGUACGAAUACGUCGUCGACAGAGUUCUCGGUGUCGAGGUGUAACGUUUACACCCAUAUUUUUGCCAAUAGACAAAUCGUUCGAAUCGUUGGAUAAUUAAUGCGUACCAGUCUGGUGACUUUCAAAACGGAAACGGAGGAUUGAAAAAAAGAACAAGAGAAUGUUGUUGUUUCUUUAAUUUUUUCGAAUUCCAGGUGCCAUGCACGAUGAGUAAAGAAAAACUAGAUGAAGAACGUUUAUCGAAAAACACUUGAACGGCAUACACAUAGUGACUAUAACUAGUACAACAAAUUGAACGAUGUUGCUGAUAUUUGUUAUUGUUUUCUUUUUUUAAUUAUUGAUUAUCGACAACGCGAUGCCUUGAGAGAGUCAUUCUAGAAAGACUUUUGAAACGAUAGAAAAAAAUGCGCGAAACAAGCGCUUUGUACAUACGAGAAUCGUAAAUUAUUUAAAUGAGAUUUUAUGCGAGAAUUAUUUAAUUUCAAUCGAUUCCAUCGGGUUCCUCUCUUGUAUCCCGGUUCAUUAUUUUACGUUAUAUCGCUUUGCUCAUUUCCCCUUGCAUAUUCCCUCUUUAGAGCAUACAUGGCCCCACCGAGCAGCUGGACUGCAAUAUUGAAAAUGUAAUAAACGAAGAAAAAGAAAGUAAAGGGAAAGAGGAAAAAGCUGUCGCCCUGGUUGGCUGAACUCUGCCUCGAUUCCAUUACUGCCAUUUCGUAACGUGUUCGCAAUUAUAAUUUCGGAUACUCUUCCUUCCGGCUACAUCGAAUGAUAUAAUAAGUAAGUGUCUUUUUAUUGUGUUUUUAGCGACGAGUUGAGUUCAGCUAUGUUCCGUUUCAAUUAGAUUAUUCUCACUCGGCUCAAAGCGUGUUGCAAAAUAUGUUAACGUCGUGAAAUUGUUGAUCCCUUUAUUGACGAAAGAGAUAUAGCGAGGUCAUAAAAUUAGUCAUAGUCGAAAAUACAUGGUCUUCAAAUGUCGAAGCAAAAUUUCGAAGAAGAGAAAGAAGAAGAUCUAAGGGGAGAGAUAAGGCGCUUGAGCUUUGCCGAAAAUGUAAGAUGUCAACUUAGAAUUAAUACUUCCUUUACAACUGUAGCUUUAUUUUUACCAAUACAGUGAUUAUUAUGAAAUAAAAAACGACGGAGGUUGUUAAUACCGCGUAAUUUUAAUGUAUGUCUACUUGAUGCUUUAACUUAUGACCUCAUUAUAUGACACUGUACAUGAUAUCGAUCCAAGCAUCUGCAUGUACACGUAUGUAUUUGCGUUAAUUCUUUAAUAUAUCCAAAUACAGAGUCAUUAACAUUUUAUCGAUUGAAAAAAUAAUUAGGUGUAUCGAUAGUACGAAUGCAGCGAUUACUUGAAUUUGACUUUAAUAUUUCUGUACCAUUUUUGCGAGUAUAUCGAGGAACCUGGUAGAAAUUGAAUUUUCUUGUGGAGGUUAGUAAAUGUCUUUGAAACAACAAUCAUGUAAAUAACUUUGUAUAUACGCAUCGACAAUCCUGUUUACGCGUCUAUAAAAUAUAAAUAUAUAUAGAUACAAAUUAUAUACAUAUAUCCAUGUAUUUACGAGUGCAUGCGUGUGGGUCUAUAUGUUGCAACAUAUGUUACGCGUAUACAUGUAUGUAUGUAUCUAUAGUGCGUAUAAGACAGAGAAAUUUAUGCGAUAAAUUUGUAUGGUCCGAGAAUGCAUAUUUUUAUAGUAAAAUACGUGCACAACUUGUACAACAGCUUUUAUUACUUCAUUGACAACACAGAGGAAGAAACGGAAGUAGUCUUUUCUGUAAUAGAAUUACGUUUUCAAAGUGCAGGACCUAUUACGUAUGUAUGUAUUUAAUUAACGUGUUGCAUUAACGUAUUGUAAACCAAUCAUUCGACUAGGUGACGUAAUGUCUUACGGUGUUGAAAUCAAGUAUGACAAUGAUGUCGAUGACAAAUGUUAAACGAUGGGGCGACGAUAGUAACUAAAUGCGUUUACGAUGGACGGUAGCAAAAUAAAAAACAACGAUAAUGCUGUUAAUAACGGUAUCAAUGAUAAUGGCAAUGUAAAGUGGCGGCAAUGAGUAUAAUAGAACAUGAAAUAUGAAUCAUGGUACUGAUAUCGAUAAGAAUAGUAAUAACGAUAAUAAUAAGCUCGUAAUGAAAUAUACACAUACAUAAACACGUACAUCCUCCGAGAAACAACCACAAUAUGACUUGUAAGUAAUAAUAAUGAUUUAAAUGGUAGUGAUUCAUAUGAUAACGAUUAAAAGGAAAAAAAUACAGUAUAUAUAUUCUUGCCAUAUUA